AUGGGCAAGAUUGCAAACAUCCCCAUCAUUGACAUCUCCGAAGGCGACCAGACUCAGGUGGCCCAGGACUUGGUCGAGGCCGCUAUCGAACAUGGCUUUCAAGCCCCUGACAUUGCGCAGUCCAAGAGGCUUUUCGAGGCACCCCUAAGCGAGAAGCAAGCAUGCACGAUCCAGAAGAACAACCGAGGAUGGUCUGGGAUGAACUACGAGACUCUUGACCCCGCGAACCAGCGUGUAGGCGACUUCAAGGAAGCCUUCAACUUCGGCGACUUCCUCCACCACCGCGCGCAACAACCCCUCCCCCCCAGCAUCGCCGCCGACGAACCCCGCAUCAGCGCCUUCCGCGACCUGUGCUACCAGCUCUCGCUCAAACUGACCACCCUCCUCGGCCACGGCCUGGCCGACCACGUGGGCGCCCGUGCCGGUGGUGCCGCCUGGCGCGGAGGGGGAUGCGGCGCCGCCGGUGUUGGUCAAUGUGGGGGAUUUGUUGUCGUAUUGGACGGGGGGCCUGUUGAGGAGUACGGUGCAUCGGGUUGUUUUUCCGAGGGGGAGGGGGAGGAGGGGGGUGAUGGAGUGGGGGUGGACGGAGAGGGGGAUGGGGCGGCGAUGAGGUAUUCGAUUGCGUAUUUUUGUCAUCCGUUUGGGGGGACUGAGUUGAAGCCGGUGCCGAGUGAGAGGGUGAGGGCGUAUAAGGGGGGGUUGGCGGAGGGGAAUCCGUAUGCGGAGAGGAGGGUGAUGACGGCGGAUGAGCAUUUGAAAAUGAGAUUGAAGGCGAGUUACGCUCAGUUGUACGAGGAGAAGGACAAGGGGAAGGAGGAGGCGUGA